AUGCCUGGACCCUACUCAGAAGGCCUUUUAUGUGGAUGUGAUGUUGGAGACCUACAGGAACCUGCUCUCCCUGGAUAUCUCUCAUAUACAUGUGGUCAAGAAAUUACAACCAAGAGCAAACAGUGAUAGAGGAGAAGUAUUCCAAACCGUGAUGUUGGAAAGACAGGAAAGCCAUGAAAUGAAACAUUUUUACUUCACGGAAAUCCAGGAAGAUGACUUUGGGUGUCAGUGGAAGGAUGAUGAAAGAAAUUACAAAGGGAUGUCUGUAGCCUGUAAGGAAAAUGUAACUCACAGAAGAGAUCGACAUGGUAGGUGGAAUUCAGGAAAGAAGCCCAUUGAAAAUAGACUUACAUUAAGCUUUCAGGAUGAACUGCAUGUAUUUAAGAACGAUAUUUACAAAUGUAAUGACUGUGGCAAAGCCUUUAAUCAUGGCUCAUCCCUCCGCAGACACCAGAUAAUCCAUACGGGAGAGAAGUUAUAUAAAUGUGGGGUAUGUGGCAAUGUUUUUCGUCUAAAGUCACACCUUAUAAGUCAUUGGACAACUCAUACUCGUGAGAAAACUUACAAAUGUAAUGACUGUGGCAAAAGCUUUAAUCAUGGCUCAUCCCUCCGUAGACAUCAGAUAAGCCAUACCGGAGAGAAACUGUAUAAAUGUGAUGUAUGUAGCAAAGUGUGUAGUCAGAAUUCCUCCCUUAAACGUCAUCAGAGGAUUCAUACCGGAGAGAGACCUUACCAAUGUAAUGAGUGUGGCAAAACCUUUAAUCGUGGUUCUCACCUCUCCACACAUGAGGUAAUCCAUACAGGAGUGAAAUUAUGUAAAUGUGACGUGUGUGGCAAAGUCUUUAGCCAAAAUUCAUGCCUUAGAAUCCAUCGGAGAAUUCAUAACGGAGAGAAACCUUACAAAUGUAAUGAGUGUGGUAAGGUCUUUCGUCAAAAUUCACAUCUUGGAAGACAUCAGAGAAUUCAUACCGGGGAAAAACCUUACAAAUGUAAAGAGUGUGGCAAGGUCUUUAAUCAAUAUUCAAAUCUUGCAAGUCAUCAGAGAAUUCAUACUGGAGAGAAACCUUACAACUGUAAUGUGUGUGGCAAGGUCUUCAGUCAAAAUUCAAAUCUUGUAAGUCAUCAGAGAAUUCACACGGGAGAGAAACCCUAUAAAUGUAACGAGUGUGGCAAAUUCUUUAAUCAAAAGGCAUACCUUACAAAGCAUCAGAGAGUUCAUAAUGAAGAGAAGUCUUACAAAUGUAAUGUGUGUGACAAGGUCUUCAAUCGAAAUUCAAAUCUUGAAAGUCAUCAGAGAAUUCAUACUGGAGAGAAACCUUACAAAUGUAAUGAGUGUGGCAGGUUCUUUUCUCAAAAGCCAAACCUUGGAAAGCAUCAGAGAGUUCAUACUGGAGAGAAGCCUUACAAAUGUAAUGAGUGUGGGAAGGUCUUCAGUCGAAAUUCACUUUUUGCAAUUCAUCAGAGAAUACAUAAUGUAGAGAAACCUUUCAACUUUAAUGAAGUUGAAAUGCCUUUACUCAGAUCUCAACCCUCACUAAAUAUCCGAUAAUUUAUAUGUGAGAGAAACCAUGUAAAUGUGACAUAUGUGGGAAGGUCUUCAUUCAAAAUUUACACCUUGCAA